UCAGCCACGAUCGGCGGCAGUUCAGUGCGUAUGGUGUAUCCCGCCGGACGCGGUUCUCUGCAUUGAAGCGUCGGGCAGCGUCGGUUUGCGCUCGCUGGUCGAAACCUGGUCGGUCGGCCGUUCGUACGGGGAACGAAGGAACUACUGUGGUUCCGAAAUCAAAUCGCAAAACACAUGCAAUCGUUCGUGGUGCAAUCGCCAAAAGCAAAACAGAUAAUUUAUGCAUGCGGCAAACAUAGAAAGAUCGCGAGUGAGAACAAGCCCUGCCCGAUGGCUGGACGAGUGCUUUGCGACUGAUACACGGCGUUCUUCAUCAACCGAGCACGGCACGCAACGCAUCACCCAGAAGCGCGUCAAAAAAUUGUGCAAAAUUAGCUCCAAAUUGCGGGCCCAUCGCGUUGGGUGAUCUGUUUCGCGCAAACGGUCAAUCAGUUACCGUUACAUCCGACCCGACAGGGACAGUGGUGCGGUGGGCCUGUGCUGGACUUGGUGUGCAUCGCAGUGCUGGGUGUUGCAGUGGUGGCGGUGGCAGUGGCAACAGCGACUGGAGCAGCAGGGAACAUGAUAAGACAAAAGUCGGAAGACUGGGAUGGCCCAGGGCCGAGCGGGAAUGGUGGCGGCGGCGGCAGCGGUGAGGGUCUCACAUCGCCCGGGAUGAAGCGCAAGAACGAGUCCACCUUUCGCCAGCUACAGAACGACGUGAUGGGUAAGGCUCGCUCGACAUUAAGCACUCUCGGCGACGUGUGGAAGACGAGCAAAAACACGCUGUCCGGCAGUGGAGGAGCAGCAUCCAGCGGUGGUGGUGGACAAAUGAUGGAACAGUACCACGACACUGGUGGUGGGGAUGGUGGCUAUGAUGGUGGCGGUGGAGAUAUGCAAGGCGGAGUCGAGGCACAGUUCUCCACGCCUCCCCGAAGUCCCAAAUCGGCAAAAGACAAAAGCUCGCUUGACUUCUUCCUGUGGCCGAAGGGUAAAAGCAAAGAUGGAUCGUCCAAGAGCAGCCAGAAGAAGGAUAAAUCGUCCAAAAAUCAACCGCCAACACCGGGGUACGGUGGUGGCGGAGAGUACGAACCAUCGAGCAGUUCGAAAGCGCGAGGCACCAAAGAACCGUCGGGGACGGGAACGAUUCGCAAGCCGGGCCCGGGGCCAGGUCCUGGGCAGGCACGGGGAGGACCACCGAACCAUCAUCAGCAGCAACAGCAGCAACAGCCCGUCACUUCCAGCACCCAACAUUACCAACACUCGUCUAGGGCGAUGAAGUAUCGCUACGACUAUCCCGACAGUGCCGACCAAGACUUUCGGCAGCGAUCGCUAGAUGAAACGAGCGAGUACAGUCGAUCGAUGGAGGACAACAUGACGUAUGUGGGUCGUGACGAACAGCAGGGAGGGGGCUCCGAUCGGUACGGCGAUUACUACUCCUCCGACAGUAAGGGACGACCAAAGUCUUACAACGAAAAGUACUCGUCGCAGUACUACGACUAUUCUCCAGGCUACGAUCACCACCAUCAAUCUUCCUCACGAUCACACCAACGAUCUCAUCAGCGGAACGAGCGGUUCGAGUACGACGACCAGGACGACCAAGACGAUCUCGAUAUGCCCGGACAGGGAGCGAACGUCAGCUCUACUAACGCUAGUCAAUCGAACUUACGCAAAUCUACCGGUGCCGGGGGAGCGGGUGGGUCCUCCAACACGUCCUCCAAUGCCGCCGCUUCACCGCCCGUCCAGAAGCACAUCCUAUUCAACGAAGAAAACGACAUCCUUUACUUCAAAGAGAACCAGCGUCCGUCCAAAACAAAGUCCCUGAACGAUCAUCAAAGCCGUGGGGUGGAUAAGCAGCAGCAGCAGCAUCAGCAUUCGGGCACGCGUGGACCCUCCAAGUCGGCGUCAUAUCCCAAAGAUGGUCAUCACCAUCAUCAUCAUCAGCAACAACAGCAGCAACAGCAACUCUCACCGAAUCAACCUCUUCAGCAAGCUCCCUCUGCCCUGCGUAAAGUGUCCCGCGACGAACGACAACAGCAGCAACAGCAGCAACAGCAACAACAACAAGCUCCCCAACAACGAUCCGCACCGACAACUCCCUCUUCCAACAACGAACCGAACAUCAUACGAGCGACGCUCAAGCUGGAAAAGCUGUCCAGCACUGGCGCACCGCUCGGAAGUUCCGAACAGCAGCAGCAGCAGCAAACGGAUUCACCAAAGCCUAAGGGAAUUCAGAAGCAGUUUAGCACGAUUGUUAACUUGCCCCGGGGUAUGAGCAAUACUUUGCCACGUGGUGGUGGUGCCCUCGAGUACGGACAGUCCAAGCCGGACAGUCGCACCGGUACAAUCCCGGAGGAGCCGUCGAGCGGCGGUGGUGGUGAUGGUGAAAAACGCACCACCGGACGGAAGAUUUGCUUCCAGGAUGAGCCGGUGAAUGCGUCCGACCGGGUCAAGUGUCAAACGUUGCCCCGCAGUGCGGUCCGCAGCUCCGUACGGUCGUCGACGAUCAAGUCCACCACCGAACCGAACAUCGAUCCCAGUGUGAACGAGUACUUGGACACGGAUAUGACUUUACCGCGCAGCGGGAGUCUUGAUUCGGACCUAGAGUCACAAGCCAUGCGGAUUGUUCGAACCGUUGGCCAAGCAUUCGAAGUGUGCCACAAGCUGACCAUACAGGACAGCGGAGACAACCUCGGCGACGAUCACUCGGAGCUGUGCGAUGUCUCGGAACAGGAUCGGUGCUCGGAUCGUAUCAGCGAAGACGACGAAAUCAAAAAAGAUCCGGCGAUAGCGGCACACCACAGCGAUUCGCCCCGUUUGACCCGUCCGGACCAUCUGGAGCUGGCCCUGCUGCAGGCCCCGGCCUCACCGUCGUCACCGGCCGCCACCAGCAGCACCAGUCUGCAGCGAUCGUCCACAGCACAGGAAAAGGAACCGCCCGAAGUGGGAUCAUCAUCGUUGGCCAAAUCUUCCCCACUGUCGGCAUCGCGCGAAAUGACGAACCUGCGGGACCAGCUCGACCAGCAGCAGCAGCAAACGCGCCAAGUGCUGGCCCAGCUGAUGCUCGUCCGUGAGCAGCUAAUCUCGGAAACGAAUGCCCGCAUGGAAGCACAGGCACGUAUCCAGCAGCUGCUGCAGCAAAAUCGUGAGCUAUUAGAGCACAUUGCAUCCCUCGGUGGCUAUCACGAACCGGACCGACCGGGACUGUCCGCAACCGCCAUCGGUAUCGCACCUCAGCUCUCAUCAACGGCUAAGGUGGCCCGCUGGUUCCACACGCUCCAGUGGACGAACCAAACGCAGUCGCUGUCCCGGCCCGAGUCCGGCUUCGUGUCGGGCGAUUCGCGCUCGGAGCGCAACCAGAAGUCGGACGUCGAUAUGGUGGACCUGCUGGCGAAGGAGCAUUCGGCCGGCGCCGGGGUCGACCUGUGCGACGAGUAUCUGCUGGUCGAGGGCACCAGCAACCUGUGGAGCAAGCUGAGCGUGAAGAAGCGCAAGAAGCUGCUCGGCCUCAAGCUCGGCAAGGUGACCACCUUCUAGCCCCGGCGCCGCUGGCCACCGCUGGCUGGCGGCGGAGGAGGCGGUGGCCAACGGUGGUGGGGUGUCAGCAGUGGCGGUGGGGGCAGCGAGCUGCCACCGGUGCGGCUGACAACGACCGCCGCCUCACCCUCGGCGAGCGAUGCCAGCGAUGUGGAUGACUAGAGCGCGAGAGCGUGUGUGUGGGUGGGAGUAGCGAGGGGGAUGUGUGGCAGACCGUUUCCUUCCGGCCUUAGACUGGGUAUGCUAAACCCGCGGAGGAACCACACACACAUACCCCCUCACUCCUGCUCAUCAUGCGAACACACACAGAGACAGACAAACACACUCAAAACCCACGCCAUGAAAGCGAGAUUUUAGCGCCAGCAAGGAACAAAAAACUCGAAAUACAUACACACACAUACACACAAAACGACCGGGAAUUAGGAGAAACGGAACGUUCUGCCGUGGUGCACGAACGAUGCUCUGCAUUUUCUCCCGCCAAAAGCAACAACCACAGGUUGUCGCCAAACCACGCAUUCCUUCCUUCCUUCCGUUUCGCGGCACACUUGGAUGGUGUAGUGUAGUGCAAAACGAAGAAACGGUAGCUUAUACGAUAGAAUAGGGUGCGUUUAGGGCAGGGUCGGUAGUGUACGCUACUGCUACGCCAUACUACUUGGUAGUCUAAGCCGAAAGAUAACCACCAAAACCGGUAAUCCUCAUUACGAAGCGGGAAGGAUGGCGCCCAUUAGCAAGAGCAAGCGGCCCAGCUGGGCAACAAGCUAUCCACCCAUAGAUAACUAAACGAGACGCCUAGAGAGCCUGCGUGUAACCGACACGUGUUUAGUGUGUUAAGAGGGGGUAAAGAAGCAGCAGCUUAGUGGCGUAGUGGCCCUCGCGACUCAUAUCAUAUCUGUCUGCUGUCCUCUCAUAUCCGCGUGCCCCCCAACAAGGCACGCGCUAAUUAUAGAACCUCUCCAUUCACGCUUUCGCGUUAGCUGCUGCUGCUGCUGCUGCGUAUUUUGCUGUUGCUGCGUACGCGUUCUUCGCCACGCAUUAGAGUUACGAGUUGUUGCGCGCUCAUCUGUUCAUGUUCAGCCUCAACCCCCUUUAAGACUCUCGGACGCCGUCGAGGACGUUCUCUCAUAUAUCUUUAAAUUAAAACGUAUUUAACGUCACUUCCCGUCAAGACUGAGCUGGACGAACAAAAUUGUGUUACUUAGAGCGCUUAUAACAGUUGGGGGUCCCAUCCCCCGGAACAUUCCCUUUUGGUAUAUUGUAAUCUCUAUCCUCCCAUUCUCCAUCUUCCACCGAAGAUGAUGAUCCGUGCUUUUGUUGCGCGAGACAGUUUGGUUUAGAUUUUUACAUAACUCUUCACGUAUCAGAGGCGUGUUUUUUUUCUACAUUUUUCUCCCACACAACCGUCAUACAUCUUAGCUUGUAAGUAGUUUAAUUUUCCAAAAACCCUCCCUUUUUUGCCUCUCCAAGACAUUCCAUUCCCAUUCCCAAGCCCACAUUUUCGCUUGUAAGCUUCCCGCGAGUGUUCCCGUCCCGCGCUACGUAGCGCGGGAAAGCGGACGGGAGAAAAUUUAUG